AUGACAGGCCGUGACAUCCCCGGGCGGCCUUGUCAUCCGCCCCUCAUCCUUGUCACCCGAGACAGCUGGUCAGCUUUCAAGAAGACAAAGAUACCCACCCCGCGGACACAUUUCAAGAGGAGGACAGUUCAGGAGAAGGUGAAGAGAUCAGACGGCGUCCGUGGCGCAAGACUUCAAAGAUGCAUCGCGUCCAUCACUCACCAUUUGAACCCUGGAAGCUUCUGCCCCGCAUCAUCGCAGCCUGGUGUCGUCAUGGCACAGUUUCCCCCGGAUCUGCUUCCAGGGAAUGCUUCCUUAAUUUGCUGCAUUAAGAGUGUUCUUCCAAGGCCAGUGUGCCAUCGGGAAACCUCAUCGACAUUGGUCCCUUCCAACCAGGCUAAACCGGCACUUGACCAUGACCUGCAGGAAAACCCCCCUCCUCUCAGUGGCUCAUCUGCACCGCCCACGCGUGCGGCAACGAACUGCUCGCUCGCCGUCUUUGUCCCUAUGAAGUACGGAGUUUCCAGAGAUCCCGAGGCCUCCCAAGCCUCCCAAGGCCCGGAGGAUGGAGCUUGCUGGAGGCGCAGAGCCGCGCGAGUGCCCGCCUGCCCGCGUUCUGUCGCGGCUUGUCGUCGUAGCAGGUUCACCAUUGGCCCGGAGGCAUUCCAUCAGAGAUGGGGCUCCACGGCCUGCAUCGCCGCGCCUCCCGGGGAUCACCGACGUCCCGGGCAGCAGUUGACUGGAACUCUGCCAAGCACGAUUCACGUAUUCAAGGUUGAUGGAGCCUUUUGCUACGAGCAUCGAACUAGGUCACCACGCGUGGAACAGAAUCGAUUUGAUGAAAAAGAUGUAUUGGCAUGA